AUGUAUACCAUGAUUAAAAGAUAACUGUCUUUUCUUGUGCAUGGUAUUAGAUAAACAUUGAUUUCAUUGCAUUUUACAUCUGUCUGUCUAUCUAUCUAUAUAUAUUAUAUUUUACUACGGAAGAAGGAGGCGGAAGCGCGCGAAAUAUGUCUAAAAUAGGUGGUUAUGAUACGCACGAUGAUGGUCCAGGUUUCGUCGGCAUUAGAUUUUGUCAAGAAUGUAAUAACAUGUUAUAUCCAAAAGAAGAUAAGGAGAAUAAAGUACUAAUGUACGCAUGCAGAAAUUGUGAUUUCAAACAACUUGCUGAUAGCAAUUGUAUCUACGUAAAUAAAAUUAUGCACGAAAUAGACGAGUUGACACACAUUGUUGCGGAUGUCAUAUCAGACCCUACUUUACCAAGAACCGAAGAGCAUCCGUGUCCAAAGUGUAACCACAGAGAAGCAGUAUUCUUUCAAGCACAAACAAGACGAGCAGAAGAAGAGAUGAGAUUAUAUUAUGUGUGUACUAACCAACAUUGUUCUCAUAGGUGGACAGAAUGAAGUUCUACAAAUAGUUUGUACAUAUUGAAAAUCUGUAUUUUUAUAAUGUACAAUACAUAUUACAUACAAUAAUAUAUAAUAAUACGUAAUAUAUACAAUAUGUACUAUGUAAAAAGGAAAAGAAAUGUAAUAAAAUAUAUAAAUGUUUUGUUUUCUUAUUGA